GACCUGAAGCUCGUCAACAGUUACCUCAAGAGCUGCUUCCUCAUCUUCCCCAACUACAACCUGGGCCACGGGCUCAUGGAGAUGGCAUACAACGAGUACAUCAACGAGUACUACGCCAAGAUCGGCCAGUUCGACAAGAUGAAGUCGCCGUUCGAGUGGGACAUCGUCACGCGCGGGCUGGUGGCCAUGACGGCCGAAGGCUUUGUGGGCUUCCUGCUCACCAUCCUGUGCCAGUACAACUUCCUGCGGCAGCCACAGCGCAUGCCAGUGUCCACCAAGCCGGUGGAGGACGACGUGGACGUGGCCAGCGAGCGGCAGCGCGUGCUCCGUGGGGAUGCCGACAAUGACAUGGUCAAGAUCGAGAACCUGACCAAGGUGUACAAGUCCCGGAAGAUCGGGCGCAUCCUGGCCGUGGACCGCCUGUGCCUGGGAGUCCGCCCCGGCGAGUGCUUCGGCCUCCUGGGCGUCAACGGCGCGGGCAAGACCAGCACCUUCAAGAUGCUGACGGGGGACGAGAGCACCACGGGGGGCGAGGCCUUCGUGAACGGGCACAGCGUGCUCCGGGAGCUGCUCCAGGUGCAGCAAAGCCUGGGCUACUGCCCCCAGUUUGACGCCCUGUUCGAUGAGCUCACGGCGCGGGAGCACCUGCAGCUCUACACGCGGCUGCGCGGCGUGCCCUGGAAGGAGGAGGCCCGGGUGGUGAAGUGGGCCCUGGAGAAGCUGGAGCUGACCAAGUACGCGGACAAACCCGCCGGCACCUACAGCGGCGGCAACAAACGCAAGCUCUCCACAGCCAUCGCCCUAAUCGGGUCCCCCGCCUUCAUCUUCCUGGAUGAGCCCACCACAGGCAUGGACCCCAAGGCCCGGCGCUUCCUCUGGAACCUCAUUCUGGACCUCAUCAAGACGGGCCGCUCCGUGGUGCUCACGUCCCACAGCAUGGAGGAGUGCGAGGCCCUGUGCACGCGCCUGGCCAUCAUGGUGAACGGUCGGCUGCGCUGCCUAGGCAGCAUCCAGCACCUGAAGAACCGCUUUGGAGACGGCUACAUGAUCACCGUCCGGACCAAGAGCAGCCAGAACGUGAAGGAGGUGGUGCGGUUCUUCACCCGCAACUUCCCGGAGGCCAUGCUCAAGGAGCGACACCACACGAAGGUGCAGUACCAGCUCAAGUCCGAGCACAUCUCGCUGGCCCAGGUGUUCAGCAAGAUGGAGCAGGUAGUCGGCGUGCUGGGCAUCGAGGACUACUCGGUCAGCCAGACCACCCUGGACAACGUGUUCGUGAACUUCGCCAAGAAGCAGAGCGACAGCCUGGAGCAGGAGAUGGAGCCGCCCUCGGCCCUGCAGUCCCCGCUCGGCCGCCUGCUCAGCCUGCUGCGGCCCCGGCCGGCCCCCACGGAGCUCCGGGCGCUGGCGGCCGACGAGCCGGAGGACCUGGACACGGAGGACGAGGGCCUCAUCAGCUUCGAGGAGGAGCGGGCUCAGCUCUCCUUCAACACGGACACGCUCUGCUGACCACCUGGAGCUGGGACAGGGACGCACGGUGAGGACAUCCGUGUCCCCGUGCCACCUGCCAGGGCCUGGGGGCGGAGGCUUAGGACUAAGGGCCUCUUCCUGUCCUCCAGCCCAGCACCGUCCUCGGCCCUGUCCUGUGGUCACUGUGGCCCUUGCCCACUUGUGCCAAAGGCUGGCCCGGCCCCGGGCUGCGCACACCCUCACCCCGCUUUGCCUUAAAGCCUUGGGGUCCGGCCUGGCCCCUUGCCCGCCCACCCAGCUCUGCCCACCGCCCUGGGGUGACCUGGGCUGCUCCGGGCGCUCCCCAACCUUUACCGGCUUCUCUGACCCUGGCGGAGGGGUGGGGCCGGGCCUCGCUCAGGCUGGGUGGUCUCACCUGGCCCUGCUCUGCAGGUGGCUGCCCUGGGGGGUGGGGUGGGGCGGGGCAGGGCAGGUGGAGCAGUGUGGAGAAGCUGCCCCCUCCGAACAGGUGGGGGCCCAGGCCCUGCCCCAGCCCUUCCUCCUGCCUCCGCUCCCCCAGCUUGGCCCCUGCCGACCUCCCCCACCUGGGAGCUGGACCUGUACAUAGCGCACAGAUGUUUGUUUUCAAUAAAUAAACAGAAAAGC